GUACACCACACACACACAAUCCCAGCUCUCCGUCUCUCUGCCACUUUAUCUUCAGCAAGGGCUGCCCACUGGGAUAAUAUUCUCUAUCUGUCUUUCACGCGCAUUAAUCAGUCAUUCUCUCUCUCUCUCUUUUACUCCUCCUCAUUAUUUGACACUUUUUCUCCAUCCUCCUUUCUGCCAUCCUCUUUCUUCACCUCCCUGUCCUCCUCCUUUAUCACUUCCAUUCUGCCGCUCUCUUCUUCUCACCGGCUGGAGAACUCACAGGAAGCUGGACCACAGACUGGUUUGAUUCCAACAGGCUGACCAAAGAUGGCAUUUCUGAAAGAGGAGAUUACCUUUGUCUUCUCCCUGUGGGCUUCCCUCCUUUAUGUAGCACUAAUGUCUCUUUCCCUGGGAGCAGAGGCACCUAAAAGAAGCCAGUUCAUGUGGAAAACAGGUGUAUGGGGUGUGUGUGUGGCCAGUGACUGUGGUUCGCUCGGCCUCCAGACUCGCUCAGUGUGGUGUGUCCAUGCUGAAGGCUGGAGCACACAUCAGUCCAACUGCUUUCCAUCCGAUCGCCCUGCGCAUCAGAGAGUGUGUGUGAAGAUGUGCGAGUGGCAAAAGGAUCUGUUUGAGUGGCGCUUGUCUCCAUGGGGCCCCUGCACUCCGAGUCCUCUCCUCCCAGCCAAUCGAUGCGUAACCGCUCAACGUGGAGUGCAGAGCCGCAAUAUGCAGUGUGUGAAGCGUAAUAACAACUCCUCGGUGAGCCUACAUGUGUGUGAAGCGUUUUCUUCAGCUCCAGAAGGAGAGCAGGCCUGUCUGUUACCUUGUCCGAUGGAUUGUGUCGUCUCCGCUUUCACCCACUGGUCCACUUGUAGCCGUACAUGUGGGUCGGCUCUUCAACAGCGCACACGGGAUGUCCUGGCCACACCCCUGUAUGGAGGCAUGGACUGCCCCAGUUUGACUCAGACACGCCCCUGUAGACAUGAGCAAGGCCACCCCGCCCUCUGUCCUUCUGACCAACAGGAAUACAGCUACAGUUUGUGGGCGGGGCCUUGGAGCCCUUGCAGAAUUAAAGGGGUGGCACCUGUUGGGAAAACAACAGUGGAUUUUAAUUUGGGGAAAAGUACAGUCAGGACUUCCUAUACAAUAAAGCGGCACGCGGAAGGUUUUCAUCGUCAAAAUCAUUACGAUGAAAAAGGCUACAAAGUGUCCUGGGAGAUCAUCAUUGGGUACCAGACUAGGCAGCUUCGCUGUUUGAGGAGCGACGGGAAGAACGCUAUGCUGAGCCUUUGUGACCAUGAUAACAGCGCAGUGAACUUUCGCUCGUGCGUGAUGCCCAGAGACUGUAAAGUGUCUGAUUGGUCUCAGUGGAGUCUGUGUUCAAAGACCUGCCGCACAUCUGACCCUUCGCCGGGCUUCAGGCACAGGAGCCGCAGCCUCAUACAAGCAGCCAUUGGUGGAGCAGAGCCGUGCCCCGUCCUGGAGGAAAAAGCAAACUGUAAUAUUUUGGAAGACGCACUACCGCUGUGCCCAAGGUAUGAGUGGAGAGUCACCAGCUGGAACCCGUGCCAGGUGACUCCGCUUUUGAGUCAGCAGGACCAUCGCCGUACCAAUACCAGUGUCCUGUGUGGAGGUGGCAUGAGGACCCGAGAGGCGUAUUGUGUCCAGAUUCAGGACAACACAGUGCCUUCUCAUACCAGUCGGCCUGUUGGGAAGAACUUGUGCACAGGGCCUUUGCCGCCAUUGGCUGAGUUUUGCUUCAUUCCCUGUCAGAAACAUUGUCCCCUCACGCCUUGGUCGCCCUGGGGGCCCUGUCUCCAUGACAACUGUUUGGAGCCUCAGGGGAGAAGAGGUUUCAAGAUUAGAAGUCGUUCUGUAAUUACGGAGUCUUGGGUCGAGUCUGACAGUUGCCCUCACGUCAGCGAAGCAAUGACCUGCGAUGACCCCGUCUGCUUCCUGUGGCGAGUGGCAUCACUGGGGCCUUGUCUUCCUCUAAACGGAUCAUGUGGCCCAGGAUUACAGGAGCAGACUCUGGAGUGUGUGUCUGCCUCAGGUGAGCCGGUCUCUAAUGAUCAGUGUCCAGAAGAUCCUCCUGCGGUCCAGCGGUUAUGUGAGAUGCCCUGUCCUGGAGACUGUGUGCUCGGACACUGGGGGUUCUGGACCUCCUGUUCCCAGUCCUGCUCCAGUAAACACCAAGAGGGGAAACAAAGUCGCUCACGUCUGGUUCUGGCUCUUCCUGGAGAUUAUGGAAAGCCGUGUCCUCCGGGCUCUGAGCUGGAGCAGUGGAGAUCCUGCGGGGCACACUCGUGCACCGUCUACCACUGGGACGCUUCACCCUGGGAUCCCUGCAUGCCAAACACCAUCACAGACAAGACUGAAAGAAACAGAACAGUCCAGAUGGAGGAUGACAGCACCUGCGGGACGGGGCUACAGACGCGCCAAGUCAUAUGCAGGAGGGCUGGGAAUGGACAUGUGCUGCCAAAACGAUGUCCUGAGUCCUCUCGUCCAGACUCAGUACGGUCCUGUCCAUUACCUUGCAAAGUUGACUGCAUUGUUACAGCCUUUAGUGAAUGGAGUGUCUGUCCCACUUCCUGUUUGUCAGUGAAUGCUACUGUCUCAACCCAGUCCCGUCACAGGAUUAUCAUCCAGAGACAUGCUAACGGGGGCCAAGAGUGUCCAGAUACUCUUUAUGAAGAGAGGAACUGUGAUCCACCUCCUCUGUGCCCAACAUACAGAUGGCAGACGCACCGCUGGCAUCAGUGUGUUCUGGUACCCGAUUCGGUGCGGCAGGCUGUUGGAGGACCCGCAGAGGCAUGCGGCUCUGGCCUGGAGACAAGAGAGGUGACGUGUGUGGGUGCGGAUGAUGCUCCGGCAGAAAUGGCCGAGUGUGUGAGCUGGGCAGGACUGAUGCCCGUGUCAGUGAGGGAGUGUCGUGUGCCAUGCAGAGAUGAAUGCAGCUUCACCUCCUGGAGCAGAUUCAGUCAGUGUCGAGGCUGUGGAAGCUGGCGCACACGCACCCGAUCUCUCAUAGGUCGCAGUAAGAAGCGCUGGCGAUGCCAACAGGAGGAGUUGUUUCCUCUGCUGGAGAAAGAAGCUUGUCCUUGUUCUGAAUUUCACAGCAGGCCUCAGGGUCCCUGGUCUCCAUGUUUACUCUCAGCAGUGAAGAGCACUGCUGGACGGCCUUUCAUCCAAGGAGUUUUCCACCAAGGCCAGAAGGCAGUCCAGGACUGGCGAGGCCUUAGGAGGAGCAGCGAGUGUGGGCAUGGGAGACGCUACAGAGCUCUGGUCUGUCUGGAUCAUCUGAGACAGCUGGUGGAGCCGGCGCUCUGCAGCAGCCCUGGUUAUGAAGAGGAGUCGUGUCAUGUGUCCUGCUCUACAGACUGUAAGCUGAGUGAAUGGUCUCACUGGUCUGCCUGCAGCGCCUCCUGUGGUGGAGGUGUGAAAGUUCGCUCUCAGUGGCUGCGAGAAAAGCCCUUCAAUGGAGGUCGACCCUGCCCAAAACUCAACUCCAAAAAUCAGGCUCAGGUGUCUGAGGUACUGCCCUGUUACUCUGACUGCAGUCAGUAUAUUUGGGAAGUGCAAUCCUGGUCUGUGUGCAUCAUAAAUCCUCAGAAUAACCUCACCAACAUUAGACCAAACCAUCAGCCUGUCUGUGGAGAGGGUUUCCGGACCUCCAAAAUCCGCUGCUUGAAAAGGGGCGGAGAGAACCAGGAUGAGGUUGUUGAUAAUUCGCUGUGCGAUCUGGAGGAACGACCAAGCACAGCUGAGACCUGCCUGCUGCCAUGCCCCGCCCACUGUGUGACAUCAGAGUGGAGCCAGUGGACCAGAUGUAGUGUGGACUGUAACGAUGGAGAUUUGAGCUGGAGGAGCAGAAGUGUUUUGAGGUGGCCUGAAGAAGAUCACACCUGUCCUGAACUCAACCAGACUAAACCCUGCACCAACAUGGCAUGUCUCAAAUACUCCUACGUUUACUCAGACUGGAGCAGCUGUCAGCUCAGUGAAAGCGCAGUGUGUGGCCGUGGGAUUAAGACUCGACUCCUGAACUGUGUGCGCAGUGAUGGGAAACUGGUGGAGCUCAGCCUGUGCAAAGAGUUGGGUCCUUCACGUGGAAAGCUCUCAGCCCCCUGUGAAGUGGCGUGUCCUGUUAAUUGCCUGAUUACUGAGUGGUCCGCCUGGUCUGAGUGCUCACACACCUGUGGAGGCCAAAGUCAGAGGUCUCGGUCGAGGGUAGUUCUGCAGGCAGAUAGUGAAGGAGGUCGACCAUGUCCAUCUCAGCUCUCCCAAACUCGGCCUUGUCCUAUCAGGCCCUGCUACAGCUGGACACUGGCAGACUGGAGCCCCUGCAGGGUUGAGGGCGCUGACUGUGGCGAAGGAGUAAGUCGCAGGGAAAGGUCAUGUGUGCUGCACUGGGGUUCUCUUUCAGGUCCUCCUCAGCCCGUACCUGUAGAGGAUGAGAAGUGUGUUGGACAUUUACAGAGUAAAGUCAGUGAGAUUGAGUUUCUGCAGCCCUGCACAGUCCCUUGUCCAGGAGAGUGUCACCUGACCCAGUGGUCGCCGUGGAGCUCAUGUCAGCUGAUGUGUCUGGAUGGGCGGAGCUUUGAGACAUGGGGUCGUCAGGCUCGAUCCAGAGCUGUGGUCACUCAGGUGCAGGAGAACCAGGAGUCCUGUCCCAGCCAGACAUACGAGACACGGCCAUGCCAAGGAGGAACGUGUCUUAGUUAUGAAUGGAUGACUGGUGAAUGGAGGCAUAACCGCAGACUGGUGUGGUGUCAGCGCUCGGAUGGAGUCAACGUCACCGGAGGCUGCAUGGCUGUUAACCAACCGUCUGCGGUACGACAGUGUCAACCUCCCUGCACCAAACCCUUCUCCUUCUGCACGCAGAAUGGAGUCUGCGGAUGUGAGAAGGGCUUCACAGAGGUCAUGACGUCUCACGGGUUCCUCGAUUACUGCACCAGAACCCCAGGACUGGACCAUAAGAAGGCAGAUGUGAAGAGCACUGCAGGCCGACUGAGGCCAGAUUACACUCGAAACAAUAAACAUGUUAAGGACUGGACUCUGCAGCCUCUCGGACCUGAUGGGCGUGUAAAGCUGUGGGUAUAUGGAUUGAUGGCGGCCGGGUUUGUUGUGAUCCUUCUCCUCAUCGUAAUGUCCUUCCUGCUGUGUAAAAACCCCGAGGACAGUCCCAGCAGCAGUCCACAGAAGGCUCUAGCUCUGGCGUAUGAUGGAGACAUGGAUAUGUGAGUCCAGCAUGUGUAUGCAAUCCUGAAACAUGUCAAAACAAACGGCUGCUUUCCUUCAGGCCACAACAUCAACGUUUACAGCAGCACACAAGCUGAGCCAGAUGGAGAACUGAUGUUUAAACAGCACAAAGACUGAAACAGAGGCUGUGCUGAAGAACUGCAGAGAGGACAAAACAUCAACCGAAUGUACCAUAGCGUGAGUGAGUGUGUGUCUGUCAGUCUGUUUGUGUGCGUGUGUGUGCAAAAGCCGAUGUGUGUGUGUGUGUGUGUGUGUGUGUGUGUGUGUUAGUCAUCCAUUUUGUUAAUUGUAAUGACAUUUUUCUGUAUGUUAAAAGAACUGUUGACUUUUAAAGAUUGUUCACCCAAAAAUCAAAAUGACCUCAUCGUUUAUUCUUCAUCAUGUGAUUUUUUUAAACCUUUAUUUGUUUCUUUCUUCAGUUGAAUAUUAGAGAAGAGUUUUGAAGAAUGUUAGGCAGAACCCCUAGUUUUUCACAAUUCCACGAUUGCGGCGUUGCAAAAUUGGGCAAAAAAUCUGAAGAGUAGUGGGGGCGUGUGCGUGCGACGUAUCUGAAAAGCGGUGGGGGCAUGUGCGUGAGAUGUACCUGAAGAGCGGUGGGGGUGAGUUGCACAAGACGUACCUCAAGGGCGAUGGGGUUGAGUGGAAUGCGACAUACCUGAAAAGAGGUGAGGUUGAGUUGCGCUCGACAUACCUCAAGAGCUGGGAGGGAUGCGGUGGAGACUACUUAAGGACCGGGAUUUCCGGGAGAAUAUUAGACGAGGAUAAAAUGCGAGUGAUUUACAUGUGAAGUCAAUACUAAGAUUAGAUUGGAUAUCCUGUGGCCCAAAUUGGGCGUUUUGUGCGUUUGACGCACUUCAGACCACAAAAGAAAGUUGGAGCAAACAUCUAACAAAUGGAGCAAUGGAACAGACAGAAAAGCAAGGAGCUUACAAUGAUGGAGGUUAAUUCAAAGAUGACGGCUGCUGGACGUGACUGAAUUAAAGGCCAUUAUUUGUGCUUUACAUGUAUGGCUGGUAUUAUAGUGUGCGUAAAAUUUCUAAUUAUUUUUUCCGUUUCCCUCUUUUCCUGUAGCUAAUGAGAGAAAACGGUUCCCUGCCGUUGACGAGUUUUACGGAAACCUGUGUUGUAGGUGUAUUACAGUAGGGGAAGCCCUAACGCAGGGGUGGGCAAACUCGGUUCUGGAGAUCCCAGU